UAAUUUAUUCCCAAUACUAGCUUGGAAGAAGAAAUGGUUGCAUUCAUUUUCAAAGGGGCUUGAGUAUGGAUCUGUUUUGCAGUCUGUUGUGAAUGGUUUGCAAGAAAGUGAGGAAAUGGCAGAUAUUCAUUUGGCUAUUCAAGGGAAAGUAUUUGAAGUUUCUCAACAAAUUCAAGUAUGGAAAGCUGAAAGCUAUCACAAAGGAAUCAUUGGUCUCAAGGAAACUAAGAAAGUGGAUGAAGGGUUUAUCAAAGCUCAAAAACCUUGGGCUAAGAAGUAUGAAGAUGUAAUAAAAGGGAAAAACAGCUACCAUUUAGCUUGCCAAACUCUGGACACCUUGAAGGCACAACAGGAAGAAAUUAAAGCAAACAAGGAAAGCUCAACACAGGACCAAGUUAUGAAGAUAGAAAAUAAAGUAAAAAAAGCUGUGCAGGAUAGAGAAAAUGUUUUGGAAACCUAUAAAGAGGCUUUGAGAGAUAUUGGAAAUUAUAACCAAAAAUAUAGAGAGGAUAUGGUUUAUGAAUAUGACAAAUUUGAAACUUUGGAAAGUAAAAGGAAGGAGUUUGUGAUUGGAAAAGUUAAAGAUUACAAAGAGUGUGUUGAUGUAUCCAACUUUCAAUCAAGAAUCGAGAAGAUAUAUUCAAACAUGGCAGACUCAUUUAACUCUGCAGAUGCCUCGUCAGAUUCUGAAUGGUAUCGACGCACAUUUGGCCCGGACAUGCCAUUUAUCACACUAUCUUUUGUUGUAAGUCCUCACAUUUGUACUUCACAUUUGAGCUCUCACAUUUAUCACAUGUAACGUGUGCAUGUGUGCAUGUGAUGUCAUGUUCGAAGGCACAUCUGUAGAAUCAUGAGUUUUCUAAUGGUGUCAUUAGGCAAUGCUAGUUAAUGACGUAUUGCUUGUGCUCGUCAUGUGAUGACAUGUCACGUUUAUCAAUAAAUUGGAAAACCGUGAUUGUUCGAAGAUUAGAGAAUUGGAAUAUGCACUAGAGACACGUCUGUUUCUGUUGUCCGUUCUGCCCGGUCAUAACAAAUUGGUGACAGAGGUAAAAGCAAUGGCGAGUAGCAUUUUGCCGGAAAAGUUUGAUUCUGGUGACUUCCCGACUUGGCUUCGCCAAUUUAAUUGUUGUGCCUCCGCUAAUGGCUGGACAGACGACCAAAAGUUGCAAAAGCUGCCGGCAUUUUUGCGAGGGUUGGCGGCUACGUAUUUUCAUACAUUAUCCGAUGAUGAAAAAGAUACGUUUGCACAUUUAGCAACCAGUCUCCAGACUGCCUUGUGUCCUGCUGUCGGACGAGAAGGCUAUUUUCGAGAAUUUGAAGAUCGUGUUUUGCGUAGUGGUGAGGAUCCUAGUGUGUUUCUGUGGUCUCUUCAGGAAUUGCUGAAAAAGGCGGAUCCGACUUUGGAAAAAGCUGCCACUUCUGCCUUGUUAUCCCGACAAUUUAUGAAGGGACUUCCCAAUACCAUUCGUUAUAAACUUCUUGAACAUAACCCGACCCCGAAGUUGGAUGAUAUGCUCUCCUUUUCCAAACAGUUUCUGGCGAUAAGUGACAAUCAUGGACCUCACCCUGGUUUGUUUGCAGCCACAGAUGUCGUCCCUUCACCGACAUCUAUUGAGGGACGGCUGGACAAGCUAACAGCUGCAGUAGAGGAGCUGAAAAUGAACAAUAGUUUGUACGUAGCCACUGUUCAAAAAAAAGAACCGACCUCCCAAUUUGCUGGACGUCAACAGCCAGUACGCCGUGUGACAUGUUACUUUUGUUCUAAAGAGGGUCACAUAGCAAGAAAUUGCCCCCUAAAACGCACAAGCAGGGAACAAGGACCCAUUGAUGGUUCGUUCAAAUGCCAGAUGUGCAAUGGCUCGGGACAUAUUGCUUCGCAAUGUGCGAAUAACUGGGUUGUUGACAAUCCGAAUACUAAGGAAGGUAAUCGUGUUGCUAAUGUAAAAAAUAUUCCGAACCGAUUUGUGUCGACUUUAAACUCCAAAGGGGUGGCCCAAUAGAAGGCUGGGAUGGUCACCCCGGAUUAUAUAUAAUUGGAGACAGUACUGUUUGUAGUAAUCAACAGUCUAUCCAGUCUCUUACCCAGCCCUUUGUUAAGUGUUUGUUAAAUGGGUUGCAGGUCGAAGCUUUAAUUGAUACUGGAUCUGCAAAGUCCUUUUUGAGUAAAUCUGUUUAUGCUGCUAUUGUAGAACAAAAGUUAAACAAGCUUGAGGGGGGAGAUGUAGGAACUUUCAGCAGUACUGCCUCCGAUCGGUGCAUUUCCGUGACAGGUCAAGCCCUGCAUAUAACAGGAGUUUUUGAGGGUAGUGUUACUUUACAUGACAGUAGUGUUUCUUACUUUCAUCGAUUUGUUGUUUGCGAUAAUAUGUUAUCACCGUUGCAAUGUAUUUUGGGUUGGGAUUUUAUUCAAGCAAAUCGAUUGCAACUAGUUAAUGAUAGAAGAAUUUAUUAUUUAUCUGGUCCACAUGGAAAUUUA